AUGUGGACAGUGGCAAUCCUGUGCCGGUGGCAGAACUGCCGUGAGCUCCACAGUCUUAAUGCAGAUGCUGAAAGAGAAGAAGGAGAAGAGUUUGAAGACAACAUGGAUGUUUUUGAUGACAGCAGCUCCAGCCCUUCUGGCACUUUAAGGAAUUACCCACUUACCUGCAAAGUUGUUUAUUCCUAUAAGGCUUCUCAACCAGAUGAGUUGACCAUUGAGGAGCAUGAGGUGUUAGAAGUGAUUGAAGAUGGAGAUAUGGAAGACUGGGUAAAGGCUCGAAAUAAAGUUGGACAAGUGGGUUAUGUUCCAGAAAAAUACCUACAAUUUCCCACCUCAAACAGCCUACUGAGCAUGCUGCAGUCCUUGGCUGCUUUGGACAGUCGGUCCCACACAUCCAGCAAUUCCACAGAAGCAGAACUCGUUUCAGGCAGCCUCAAUGGAGAUGCUAGUGUCUGUUUUGUGAAAGCACUUUAUGAUUAUGAGGGCCAGACGGACGAUGAAUUGUCCUUUCCUGAGGGAGCAAUUAUCCGUAUCUUGAACAAAGAAAACCAGGAUGAUGAUGGCUUCUGGGAAGGGGAGUUCAAUGGUCGAAUUGGCGUUUUCCCAUCGGUGCUAGUGGAAGAACUCUCAGCCUCAGAGAAUGGUGACACUCCGUGGACAAGAGAGAUUCAGAUCUCUCCAUCCCCCAAGCUGCACACAUCCCUGCCUCCACUGCCGCUGAAUGACCAGCCUCCCAGCAGCCCUUAUCCCAGUCCAGAUAAGAGGAGCUCCCAGUUCUUCCCCCGGUCUCCUUCAGCCAAUGAAAACAGCCUUCAUGCCGAAUCACCAGGGUUCUCACAAGCAUCAAGGCAGACUCCUGACACCUCAUAUGGCAAGCUACGGCCUGUCCGGGCGGCACCCCACCACCCACACAGAACCACCGACGGCCAGCUGAGAAAAUGGAGGAUGUAGAGAUCACACUGGUGUGACAGUGGGUUUACCUUCCGUUCUUGCUACAAUCGAGGCCGGGCUUGGAGUUUGGCCAGUUGUUUCUAGGCACCUUUGCAUGAUGAUGACUCUUGAACAGAGCAAAACCGAGGAGGAUUCUAUGUGACUGGUUGGCCUGAUUGUGCCUUUUUUGUUGUCAUUUUCUAUGUCAUCUCUCCUACCAUAGCACAAACCAUAGCGGGUCCUAGAAGCAGAGGGGAGCAGCUCUCAUGCCUUAUGGUGGCCCAUUUUUAUAUGAGACUCAAGGCCAGGCCCAGAUCCAGGGCACAGACCCAGAAUUGCUGAUCAUGUGCACUUGUACAGUAUAUUACUGUGGCCACAAGGCUGUGGCAAAGAUCUCAUCUUUCUUCAAGUGGAUUUUGCUCUUCUGAUUAAGUAUUAAUCAGAUUAUGUCGGCUAUAUAAAGAAACAAGAAGGAUCCAGGAGAGGCUGGCUCCUCCCUGAGGUUCAUAUUCAUACUGAAAAUGCAACUUUACUGGGAAGAAAGUGGACUGCCUGAGCUUAGCGCCAAUUGCAUUAAUGCACAUCUCUUCCACAACUAACAGAUUUAAAAUAACAGUGUCCUUUGUAUUAAUAUUUAUGCCAUUCAUUUAGUAUUAGUGGGCUAACCUGGAGGGCUGAAGCCACAUCUUGCCCAUCACAUAGACUAGUAGAAGGGAGAUUAUGGCAGAAGCAGCAAUGGAGCUUCCAGAUUUAAAAUGAGCCACCUGAAUGUUCUCUUCGUCUUUGGGUAUUUCCCUCUUGGUUUCCCAGUGUAUACCCUUCUGACCAGUACCCUUUGGACCCAAGUAUCAGGCUGCAGUGAGGACAUAGGCCUACGUUGUGCAGCUUCUCUACUGGGAAGUCCCUUAUAUUAUUUUAUUCCCAAGCCAGAGCACUGGCCCAGACACCGGGUUGUGAUUGGUGCAGACAGACCAGCUGUCGCCUUUAGAAAGUGCAGCUUCAGGUCCCAUGCCUUGACAUUGUCUGGGUGAAGAACCUGUGAGCCCUGGAGGAAACCUGCUUCCUGUGGAAAGGAUAAAGAACUGCACCUCUGCACAGGUGAGACCAAGGAGACCAAACCUGCAGGUCCUGGGAGAGCCGCAGCAGCAGGGCCCUGAAGGGCUGCCCGCAAUGUGGACUGUGGGUCUUCUUGACCUAGGGAACAAAGUGAUGUUUGCCAAUUCUCUUUUCCUUGGUUAGGAAGUGAAAUUCACAGAUUUAAAGGUUGUCUGAUGCUUUGAAAUUUCCAUCCCUCCUGAGAAUCUCUAAAAACUUGAAAUGUCCACAUGUCCCCGUGGGAUUUUUGACCGAUGAUCACUUUAGCGAUGAUACUCUGGUGAAUCUUCUCCAUGAAUCUGGAUUUUUGGUUUUUGCAUUUAUCAGUUGAUCUAUUUGAGGUCUUUUUAUGUUUAUCAAACUUAUUCUUAAGUUUAAAAAAUUAAAGGCUGUUUUAAGAUUUUCAAAUUUGCCGAUCUUUAAAGUGCUUAUAGUAGAGCAUUUCCUGCCGCCCCGUCUUGUAUUCUCUUUAGCUAACCAAAUUGUCCUUGGAUUUGAGUUUCCCAUCACCUCAGUUAUUUGAACUCUUUUGUUAUAUUUUAAAAUAUUUUUUGGAAGAGCUGCUAAUUUUAUUUUAAGGAACAAAGUUGUAAAAAUAUGCCUUUUUAAAAAAUAACCCUUCUCUCCAGGCCGCGUAACCCGGCAUCACCACGCACAGGUCAGGGCUCAGAGGGAGCCUCCGUGCAGAUGCGCUUUCUUUACAGUGGCUGAAAAAGUUUGUAUUUAUUAUGUAUAAAAUGUUGAAUAAUAAAAAGUGGAAUUAAGUUU